UGCGUCGAGCUCGCCGCGGACCCAAGAUGGCGGCGUGUGGACGUGUACGGAGGAUGUUCCGCUUGUCGGCGGCGCUGCAGCUGCUGCUGCUCGCGGCGGCCGGGGCCCAGAAACUCCCGGGCCAGGGCGGCCACGGCCAGGGCCAGGGCCCGGGGGCCAACUUUCCGUCCUUUGUAGGGCAGACUGGAGGAGGCGGGCAGGCGGGUCAGCCGCUGCUCCAGAUGCCUCAGUCAUCUCAGCUCCAGCACCAGCAGCAGCCACCGCAGCAACCGCCUCAGCCUCCGCAGCCGCCUUUCCCGGCGGGUGGGCCUCCGGCCCGGCGGGGCGGAGCGGGGCCCGGCGGGGCUGGCGGGGGCUGGAAGCUAGCGGAGGAAGAGUCCUGCAGGGAGGACGUGACCCGUGUGUGUCCCAAGCACACCUGGAGCAACAACCUGGCGGUGCUCGAGUGCCUGCAGGACGUGAGGGAGCCUGAAAAUGAGAUUUCUUCAGACUGCAAUCAUUUGUUGUGGAAUUACAAGCUGAAUCUAACUACAGACCCCAAAUUUGAAUCUGUGGCCAGAGAGGUUUGCAAAUCUACCAUAUCAGAGAUUAAAGAAUGUGCUGAUGAACCAGUUGGAAAAGGUUACUUGGUUUCCUGCUUGGUGGAUCACCGAGGCAAUAUCACUGAAUACCAGUGCCACCAAUACAUCACCAAGAUGACGGCCAUCAUUUUCAGUGAUUACCGUCUAAUCUGUGGCUUCAUGGAUGACUGCAAAAAUGACAUCAACAUUCUGAAAUGUGGCAGUAUUCGGCUUGGAGAAAAGGAUGCACAUUCACAAGGUGAGGUGGUAUCAUGCUUGGAAAAGGGCCUGGUGAAGGAAGCCGAAGAGAGAGAUCCCAAGAUUCAAGUCUCUGAACUCUGCAAGAAAGCCAUUCUGCGGGUGGCUGAGCUGUCCUCAGAUGACUUUCAUCUAGACCGGCAUUUAUAUUUUGCUUGCCGAGAUGAUCGGGAGCGUUUUUGUGAAAAUACGCAAGCUGGUGAAGGCAGAGUGUAUAAAUGCCUCUUUAACCAUAAGUUUGAAGAAUCCAUGAGUGAGAAGUGUCGAGAAGCACUAACAACCCGCCAGAAGCUGAUUGCCCAGGAUUAUAAAGUCAGUUAUUCAUUGGCCAAAUCCUGUAAGAGUGACUUGAAGAAAUACCGGUGUAAUGUGGAGAACCUUCCACGGUCUCGGGAAGCAAGGCUCUCCUACCUUCUGAUGUGUCUGGAGUCAGCUGUGCACAGAGGACGACAAGUGAGCAGUGAGUGCCAGGGGGAGAUGUUAGAUUACCGGCGCAUGUUGAUGGAAGACUUUUCUUUGAGCCCCGAGAUCAUCCUGAGCUGUCGGGGCGAGAUCGAACACCACUGUUCUGGAUUACAUCGAAAAGGGCGAACUCUGCAUUGUCUAAUGAAAGUAGUUCGUGGGGAAAAAGGGAACCUUGGAAUGAACUGCCAGCAAGCGCUGCAAACACUGAUUCAGGAGACGGACCCUGGCGCAGAUUACCGCAUUGAUAGAGCUCUCAAUGAAGCUUGUGAAUCUGUUAUACAGACGGCCUGCAAACACAUAAGAUCAGGAGACCCAAUGAUCCUCUCGUGCCUGAUGGAGCACUUGUACACGGAGAAAAUGGUGGAAGAUUGUGAACACCGUCUGUUAGAGCUGCAGUAUUUCAUCUCCCGAGAUUGGAAGCUGGACCCUGUCUUAUACCGCAAGUGCCAAGGAGAUGCAUCUCGUCUUUGCCACACCCAUGGUUGGAAUGAAACCAGUGAACUUAUGCCUCCCGGAGCUGUGUUCUCCUGCUUAUAUAGACAUGCCUACCGCACAGAGGAACAGGGCAGGAGGCUUUCACGAGAGUGCCGAGCAGAAGUCCAAAGGAUCCUACACCAGCGUGCCAUGGAUGUUAAGCUGGAUCCUGGCCUUCAGGAUAAAUGCCUUAUCGAUCUGGGAAAAUGGUGCAGUGAAAAAACAGAGACUGGACAGGAGCUAGAGUGCCUCCAGGACCACCUUGACGACCUGGCUGUAGAGUGCAGAGAUAUAGUCGGCAACCUCACUGAGUUAGAAUCUGAGGAUAUUCAGAUCGAAGCCUUACUGAUGAGAGCCUGUGAGCCCAUAAUUCAGAACUUCUGCCACGAUGUGGCAGAUAACCAGAUAGACUCUGGGGACCUGAUGGAGUGUCUGAUUCAGAACAAACACCAGAAGGAUAUGAAUGAGAAGUGCGCCAUUGGAGUUACCCACUUCCAGCUGGUGCAGAUGAAGGAUUUUCGGUUUUCUUACAAGUUUAAAAUGGCCUGCAAGGAGGAUGUGUUGAAACUUUGCCCCAACAUAAAAAAGAAGGUGGACGUGGUGAUCUGUCUGAGCACCACUGUGCGCAAUGACACUCUACAGGAAGCCAAGGAACACAGGGUGUCCCUGAAGUGCCGCAAGCAGCUGCGGGUGGAGGAGCUAGAGAUGACAGAGGACAUCCGUCUGGAACCAGAUCUGUAUGAAGCUUGCAAGAGUGACAUCAAGAACUACUGUUCCACUGUGCAGUAUGGCAAUGCUCAGAUUAUUGAAUGCCUGAAAGAAAACAAGAAGCAGCUAAGUACUCGUUGCCACCAGAAAGUUUUUAAGCUACAGGAGACAGAGAUGAUGGACCCAGAACUAGACUAUACACUUAUGAGAGUCUGCAAGCAGAUGAUAAAGAGGUUCUGUCCAGAGGCAGAUUCCAAAACCAUGUUGCAGUGCUUGAAGCAAAAUAAGAACAGUGAAUUGAUGGAUCCCAAAUGCAAACAGAUGAUAACCAAGCGCCAGAUCACUCAGAACACAGAUUACCGCUUAAACCCUGUGCUAAGGAAAGCCUGUAAAGCUGACAUUCCUAAAUUCUGCCAUGGUAUCCUGACUAAGGCCAAGGAUGAUUCGGAACUGGAAGGCCAAGUCAUCUCGUGCCUCAAGCUCAGAUAUGCUGACCAGCGGCUCUCUUCGGACUGUGAAGACCAGAUCCGGAUUAUUAUCCAGGAGUCUGCUCUGGAUUACCGACUAGAUCCUCAGCUCCAGCUACACUGCUCAGAUGAGAUCUCCAAUCUGUGUGCUGAGGAAGCAGCUGCCCAAGAGCAGACAGGUCAAGUAGAAGAGUGCCUCAAAGUUAACCUGCUCAAAAUCAAAACGGACGCAUGUAAAAAGGAAGUGUUAAACAUGCUGAAGGAAAGCAAAGCAGACAUCUUUGUGGACCCAGUUCUUCAUACAGCGUGUGCCCUGGACAUUAAGCACCACUGUGCAGCCAUUACCCCCGGCCGAGGGCGUCAAAUGUCCUGUCUCAUGGAGGCCCUGGAGGAUAAGCGGGUGAGGUUACAACCUGAGUGCAAAAAACGUCUCAAUGACCGGAUUGAAAUGUGGAGUUAUGCAGCAAAGGUGGCCCCGGCUGAUGGCUUCUCUGACCUCGCCAUGCAAGUGAUGACAUCUCCAUCAAAGAACUACAUUCUGUCUGUGAUCAGCGGGAGCAUCUGUAUAUUGUUCCUGAUUGGCCUGAUGUGUGGACGUAUCACCAAGCGAGUAACACGAGAGCUCAAGGACAGGUAGAGCCACCGUGACCACCAAAGGAACUACCUGUCCAGUGCCCAGUUUGUACAGCCCUCCUGUAUAGUGUACCCACUCACCUCGUUCUUCUAGGAGGUGGCAUCAACACCCAUGUUAGAGCAGCAGCAGGUGUCCUCUGCGUUGUCCCAUCUCAGACUUCGCCCGUGUCCAUGGUGUCCUCCUCCUCCUCGACCAUUUGUGCAACAGCAGCAGCUGGCCGCUUUGGUUAUUGCCUUUGUUGGCAAAUUUGGGUUUACCUGCUCGUAGACAAGUCUCUCUCGUACCAAUGGAACUACCAGUACUUCGAGAACCAACUUACCUGACCUGCAACUCAAAUGAUUUUUAAAAAAAACAAAACAAAACAAAACAAAAACCACCAAAAAAAAAAAAAAAAAAGAAAGAAACAAAAGAAAAAAAGAAAUUUUUAAAGAAAGAAAAAAAUGUAUAUAACACAUCUCCUCCAGGCUUGACUUGGGCAAUGGGGUUAUUUCUUCUCUGUGACUGUAAAAUGAAGCAGGACUUAACGGGGAAAACACAGCACCCAAUAUGCUAUAUAACUGGGAUGUCUUGCUCAUUUCUCAAAAGCACCUUUGGACCAUGUGGGGGCCACGGACUUCACCGACGAGUGGGAAAUCAGUGACCAGUCUGCUUUGGGUCUUGUUUUCUUCUGCUAAAACAGUGAUGCCUUCCAGAUCUCACCUUAAUAGAGCCACUGCUGGUCAGGACCCCAGGCCAUGAGUAUUUCUAUGACCCCCUCACUUCAGUGAGGUAAAGCAAGCAUGAGCUUCCCUAAGCCAGAGGCAGAUGGGUUGGGGAGGAGAUCAAAAGUGGGAAGCUGGUCAGAGGCUGGACCCUGAGUCCCAAGGAGCAGGAUCCCAGGAAUCUUCCUCCUCCAGGCUAGCACAGGACUCAGUUACAUUCGGAUUGACCCUGCUGGGGAUGGUGGUUAGUCUGGAAGGCCUGCAGGGAGGCAGGGACUGCAGCAGAGAGGGAGCUCGGGGCAGGAAGGAGGAGCAGGGAUUGGUUCACUUUGCUCAGUUUUUAGGCAACAGUGCAAGUCAGAGACAAUGGCUUAUAAAGAUUUAGUGUGGUCUCAAGAUGUGACUGGCAGUCCAACCUGACCCUUGUGCAGGCUCAAGGCCACCUUCCCAGACAAGCUCCCUUAUGCCUCUUUGUAGAGAGGACUUGGAAAGUUAUUACGUUAAAAGAUGGAGCCUUUUAUCUGUUUUUUUCUUUCUGUCCAUUUGCUGCGUACACCCACUGUAGUAGGCAUUGGCUGAGUGUUGUACUUUGAUGAAUCAUCAGAUGUUGUACUUCCAGAAUCUAGCUUUAUGCAAGCAAUCUUCCUGGCCGUCCUCCUUCGUCCCUGCAGUGUGGGAUGGCAGGUUUGGAGUGUAAAAGGGGAGGAGUGCAGGCAUCACAGUGCAACUUGGCACACCUUGGUUUGAGUUUGGGGCAUGGAGUUACAGUGGGUGCACAGAGGGCGGCAUGUACAGUAGGAGAUAUAUUUAUAUAAUAUAUAUUUUAUUAACCUGUUAGACGUCCACAGAGUAUUAUAAAUCACGUGCCUAAAACUGUCCACAUAGACCAUGGCGCCCCUCCUUGCCCUGCCCCCCCUUUGCCACUGUCCACAUGUGCUGCGGGACGUAUGCAACAUUUGUCUCCCCUGAAAUGUGUUCGAUACAAAGUGGGUCAGUUUGUGGAUCGGUUGAUGCAGAUUACUCCUUGUCUCAUCUGAAUGAUGUAUAUUAGAAUACUGUGGUUUUCUUUGCUCGUUGCUCCCCUUCCAGGAGGCAGUGCGAUCCAGAAGCCAGCUGUAUCCCACUGCCUAGGGUACUGCGAGUUACCAAGGGGAACUGCUCAGCUGCUUGGUCCCUUCAGUCUUGCCGUUAGGGUCUUCCUGAUUCUCAACACCUGUCCUGGGGUUCUUCCAAAACUUGAAACUCUUGGAGUCUGAGCAGCAUACCCCUACCACCACCAUUGUUGGACUGAAUUGAGCUGGUCCGGAUAGUCCACUUCCAGGAGUUCCCACCUGGCCUGGGGGCUUGGGAUUGAGAACCGGGGAUGUCCUCUCAACGCAGGCCCCCACUGACCUGUCUGGCAUGGUUCACAGGAUAGAAUAAAACAUUCACCAUUUGGUGAGUGUGCGGGUACCAUUCUCCAUCUCUGCGUUCUCCCUCCUAGUGUUUGUAAAACAAACCAAUAGUUUAAGGUAUCUGGACAUUUUGGCUUUGUCUGAAGCAUAUCUGGAAGCUUGAAAAGGAUUUUGAUUCUUGAAACAUUUAUCAUCUUUAGAAAUGAUACAAUAAAUAAAAGGGAUAAUUCUGCCAGUAUUUUUGUUGCUUUUGCUAGAAAGCAUUUCACCAUCCUGCUUGGAAUAGUUUCAUAUGACUGAUUCUUGAGAGUCCCAGGUAGUGUCCUGAGCAGUUUUCUACCUGCAGGGGGCCCAGCACCUUCUGAACCUGCAGCUCAACUGUAUCCAUUCUGCCCCCCAUUUGGUAUAAUAACACAGGUUCUGGGGCACCUCUGGUCACUGGCCUCAGAGGUCAAUCAUGAGUAAAUUACCUAGUCGACUCAAGAAGAAAUCGCCCUAGUGGAGAAGCUGAUGAUGGACCUUGGCCUUUAUCUCUUCUGAUGUCUAGCCUGUGGACAAUAACAAGCAGCUGGUGGGGGGUUUUCCACAGUCAAGGCCUCAGGCGUUUGCCGAAAAUCCAGGUAACUCAUCUGGCCUUAUUAGCUCUCUCCAGGGUCUGGGGAAGUCAUAUGAAGUGUGCUCCAGAACACUCCAGAGGCCCCGAGAGGUUACUCUCCUGGCCUGGAGGCCCUCCGGUAUAGGAGAUCGGAAAUGCAGGGCAACUGUCAAGAACAAGACUCUUCCCUCUAGCUGAGUUUCUCUCCCAGAAGAGUAGCCCUGGAAGUGAGACCCUUACCCUGGUGCGGCCCUGACCAUCCUCUGCUAUUGCUGCUCUCCCAGGAGACGUGUGCUAGCAAGAUGUGCUGAGGUAGGAGCAUAGCCGAGGCUUGGGUUCACUCCAGCAGGAAAGUCUUCCUCCUCUACAUUCCCUGGAGGCCCUCUGGCUGCCACUGCCAGUCCUGUGGGUCCAGUCAACGCACUCCAAACCAGUGCAUCCUGAGUACUGGUACUCAGCAGGCAUUGGCUCGAAUUCACUGCAGGCCUCCGGCUGUCUGAUAUCCUGUGCUUCCUUUUCGGGGGAACAGUGAGCAGCUCUGCCUGGGCGAGAGAGGGAGGGAGAUUCUGCUUUCCUAGAAGAGGUGACAGAAUUGUCAGAGUUCACUUCUUCCUAUUUCCUGAAGUUGUGUCAUAAAAGAAUCCAGUGGUAAAGAGGUCUAUAGUAUCCAUUUACUCAUCAGACAAAAUGGAACGGGACUUCUGUGCCGACUUCCCUGUCUUCCCAAGAAAAGAUUCACUCUCUUGUGUGAGUAUGACUUCUGGAAAUGUCUCCCAUCCUCCCCACCCCCAGACUUGCGGUACAGCUUCUGUCCCACAGAUCCCCACUCCAGGGAGUCAUCCAGGGAGAGAGAGAUGGCUUCAUGGGCCUCUUUCUUACUUAGCUGGUCUCAAGUUCUUCUGAGAAAAAGCUUUCAUAUCCCGUUUCUUCCCCUCCCCCACCAAAAACUACAUGUUCUCCACAUCCAGCUUCUUUUAAGCAAGCAGAUACAGAGAAGGAAGCUGGAAGGGACCCGUGGCAGCCAGCCAAUCCAGCCUGACCCAUUCAACCUAAAUUUUGGCCACAGAACCACAAGCAUAGGGCUUUUUGAAUUGUGUGCAUUUUGGUAUAUAUAUUUGUAUUUCAGGUUCUUACGGAUUUGGGAAACCUGAAAGAUCCUUUUUUUCUCCCCCGCUUUGGACAGCACCUACGUAGCUUUAUCGAAUGCAGCAUUCGGGUACCCUGAAUUUCUCCUCGGCCUUCAGGGACACUUCUUUCCUUCACCUCUUCUCCACUGCUCCCUGAUUCCCAAGGGCCGUGGGGCCACAGCUCCUGUUCUGGCCUGCCCCUCCUCCCUUCCUCCCUCACUCUCUCUAUCUCUGUCUCUUGUCUUUGGUUGGCCAUCUCUCUAAUACACUCCUCUUGGUCCUCCUCUCCAUUAGGACCAGGGUCACAUGUUAGGGCAUUCGAGUCUGAAGCCGAAUCCCCCUUCUUGCCCUGACCUCAGACAACAGAUAAGUCAUAGCAAACCCAGACUGACUCUUCUGAGUGACAAGCUUCUCCCAGCCGUCUAGUGAGAUCACUAUGGAGACCCCAGGACUGCUUGUUAUCUGGAGCACAAGGUGGAACUAUCUGUUUAGUCUGGUGGUAGCAGGAUCCUGAUGGUGGUUUCCUCUCCUUCCUCCUCCCAAGAUGUGUCACAACACACCGGUAGGGAUGUUGUUGGGAUACAUGGAGUAGAGAAACCUUCCUGGGCAAGGAGAAAAUUCAGAUAGUGCCUCUAUAUUCUGUUUUUGCCUUCCCCCAGCAUGGAACCCAUGGAGCCCAUGGAACCCAUGGAACCUGGACCCCAGAGCCCAGCAGGCCUAUGCCAGGAGCUAGGGAGGUUGGAGAGGCCCCGGGCAGACUGCAGUCAGUGCACGGGGUCGGGUGGCCAGCAGGACAGCCGGCAGCAGGAGCCUUCCCAGCAGCUUCUCCCGGCACAGUGUUCCCAGGUCAGUCCAAGCAGGAAAACAGACUGAACAGCAGAUGCUGUGUGACAUCUUAGGCCUUGAACUUUUUUUUUUUUUUUUUAAGAAAGAAAAUACAGAAAAGUAAAAUUAACAAGCCUCUUUUGUAAAUGAUUUUUCUUUCUAUGUAUAAAAUCCCAGCAGUUCCUUGUUUUUACAUGUUCAUGCUGUGUAAUUUUGAGAUGUUACUGAGAUCCUGAACAUAAUGUGCAUUUUUUUCUGUACAGAUGAAAUGGGAGAAUUUAAUAAAGAGUUUGCAGGUU